AUGCGACUGCAGGAUAUCCCAGAGAAGGUGCACGAGAAGGAGAGGCAUUUCGUUCAAGCUCUCCGUACUCCACAACGAACCUCGAACCCAUUCCUUGUCACCGAACAUCCGCAAGAGAGACAACUAUGCAUUUCUUCACGGACCUUGCAGCUGAAAGACUUCUUAUUGUUAAAAACUCUCGGCACUGGUACUUUCGCUAGGGUUUGGCUUACAAGACUGAAAAGCGAAGACGACAUAACCAAAGUUUAUGCGCUGAAGGUACUGCGCAAGGCAGAUGUAAUCAAGCUAAAGCAGGUUGAACAUGUGCGCAAUGAACGUCAGACACUCGCCGCGGUAGCCGGACACCCUUUUAUAACAACACUUGUCGCAUCCUUCUCGAAUGAACAAAGCUUGUACAUGGUGCUGGACUAUUGUCCUGGCGGCGAAAUCUUUACUUAUCUCCGAAGAAUGCGACGCUUUGAUGAAGAAACAUCGAGAAUCUAUGCCGCCGAAAUCACUAUGACGAUCGAAUUCCUGCACGACAUCCACGGCGUCGCGUACCGCGAUCUGAAACCAGAGAAUAUUCUCCUCGAUGCGGACGGCCACAUCAAAUUGGUGGACUUUGGCUUUGCGAAAAAGGUCGAUAAUCGUGAGACCUACACUCUAUGUGGCACACCGGAAUAUCUAGCUCCGGAAGUGAUUCACAACAGCGGCCAUGGCCUUGCGGUCGACUGGUGGGCUUUGGGAAUUCUUAUAUACGAGUUCCUGGUGGGACAGCCUCCGUUCUGGGACCAGAAUCCCAUGCGCAUAUACGAACAGAUCGUUGAUGGUCGCAUACAUUUUCCGCCGAGUAUGCCCCCUGCAGCCCAGAAUAUUGUGUCUUUACUAUGCAAAACAAAUCCUACAGAACGACUUGGCUACAUAUCUGGUGGAUCAGGCAGAGUCAGAUCGCAUCCAUUUUUUCAAGAUAUCGUCUGGGAUGACUUGUUUUAUCGUCGCGUCAAAGGCCCAAUUAUUCCACAUCUAUCCCACCCCGCUGACACGAAAAAUUUUGAAGAGUAUCCCGACACCGAUACAAGACACCAGAAUCUUUACACGGAAGACUUGAAGCGGAAAUACGAAGCACAUUUCAACGACUUCUGA